CUGCAGCCGGUGGAACGGGACGACCUCUACGGGAAAACCCUCAAGAUCACAGAUUUCGGUUUGGCCAGAGAGUGGCACCAGACCACCAAGAUGAGUGCGGCGGGGACCUACGCCUGGAUGGCACCAGAGGUCAUCAAGCUUUCCCUCUUCUCCAAGAGCAGCGACGUGUGGAGCUUUGGUGUGUUGCUCUGGGAGCUGCUGACUGGAGAGGUUCCCUAUCGGGAGAUCGACGCUCUGGCGGUGGCUUACGGUGUCGCCGUGAACAAGCUAACACUCCCCAUCCCCUCAACCUGCCCUGAACCUUUCGCUCAACUACUUGGAGAGUGUUGGAGCCCCAACCCCCACAGCAGGCCGUCAUUCACCAGCAUAUUAAGGCGACUGCUGGCCAUUGAACAGUCGGCCAUGUUUCAGAUGCCUCUGGAGUCCUUUCACUCCUUACAGGAAGACUGGAGAUUGGAGAUCCAGCAGAUGUUUGAUGAGCUCAGGGCCAAAGAGAAGGAGCUGAGGUCCUGGGAGGAGGCGUUAGCCCGGGCAGCAGAGGAGCAGAGAGAGCAGGAGGAGCAGCUGAAGAGGAGAGAGCAGGAGCUGGCGGAGAGGGAGUUUGACAUAGUGGAGCGAGAGCUGAACAUCAUCAUCCAUCAGAUGUACCAGGAAAAGCCCAGUGUCAAGAAGAGGAAAGGCCACUUUAAGAAGAGCAGACUGCUGAAGCUGGGAAGAGACAGCAACUGCAUCAGCCUGCCCUCUGGAUUUGAGCACAAGAUCACAGUGCAGGCGUCACCCAGUGUGGACAAGAGGAAGAACCAAGGCAGCGAGAGCACCACGCCGCCUGCCAGCCCGGGGGUCCUCCCCCGCUUGCGAGCCAUCAGAUUGACGCCGAGCGAUGGCAGUAAGACGUGGGGCCGCAGCGCUGUGUGUAAGAAAGAAGACCUGACAACUAGCAAGAAGAAAGGUCGCACCUGGGGGCCGAGCUCCACCCACCAGAAGGAGCGGGUCGGUGGGGAGGAAAAGCUGAAAUCACUUAGUGAAGGUGGCAAAGUUUAUUCCUCAAGUGCACCCAAUCUUGGCAAGUCCCCCAAACACGCACCGAUGACAGGUGGCUUCUCUAGCCUGAAUGAGAUGGAGGAAUGCUGCGAGUUCGAGGAAUCUCCAGGAUCUUUACAGCCCUCAGAAACCAGCAGCAAUGGGGUCAUGGAGGAUUCGGGGCCGCUGUGGGGCAGCCUGGGGCCCAACGCAAUGCUCUCUGUUGGUAGCAUGAGCUCCUAUACGGCUCCUGGAGGCCCCGGCACCGGUGGGAGUUGUCAGGACUCGACUCGUCGCUGCAGUCAGAGGAAAAAGAGCGACAUGCUGCUGUUGGGUUGCGCCUCUUUGCUGGCCUCUGUGGGUCUGGGACAGGACCUCCUUCAGCUGGGAAAACUGCAGGUGCUUCAGGAUGAGCAGGACCUCAGAGAGGAGCAGCGUAAGAAAAAGGACGGCCUGUUCCAGCGCACGGGCCGUUUUCGUCGUAGCACCUCCCCUCCAAGCAGAAACCUCUCCCUGACCCUCUCCAGACACCAGGACUCUGCGCUGCCCUGCACGGACCCCUCCCCCUCCGUCACACUCCUGUCGCUGUCCUCUCUGUCUGACUGCAACUCCACCAAGUCCCUCCUCCCCUCCGACCCGGACGAGUACCCCCUGACCCCCGUGACCGGGGUCAAGAUGCCAGCGGCCUCUCCGGCGCCGGCCCUCAACCCGUUGUUGGACCUUCGGGCCGAGAGCUUCAAAAAGGAGCCCAACCAGUCGCUCACGCCCACGCACGUGUCCGCCGCCAUGGCUCUGAACAGAGGACACAGACGCACCCCUUCAGACGGAGCCAUCCGACCCAGAGCCCAGACUCUGGGACACCGCAGGACGCCGUCAGACGGCAGCAUGCCCAUGCCUCCUCCACCGGGAGCUCCCCACAUCACAACAAGCAAAGGUACAGCUGACACCCUUGACAUCCCUCGCCUCCCGGACCCCUCCAUCAUCUUCCCGGUACCCCAUCGGCGCAAAGCUCCUGCCCCCCCCAUCCCUGUCCCGGAUCCUCUCAUCAGCCCUCCGGAGAGGCCCAAGACUCUGGAGUUUGCCCCCCGGCCGCGGCCCACCCCGGUGCGGAUAAGACCCGACCCCUGGAAGCUGGGCUCUCUGUCCCGGACCCUGAGCUCUUCCCCGGGCAGCAGCUGCGACAGUCCUCUCGGCUCGGGGGACAGCACCGCCAGCGCCGCACGGCCGAACCUGCUGGACAUGGACAUGGAGGGCCAGAACCAGGACCCGACAGUCCCCCUGUGUGGAAAGCUGCAGCCAGCCACUCUGUGCGGACAACAGUACUCUUAG